UAUUAGCUCGCGUGCGCCACUGUAGGUUAUGCACUACAACUGAUCUCGUCGUCCCCAAUACUUGCUUCGGUCGAUCCUUUGUCAUAAUUAUGAAGGUCCUUACAAAGGAAGAGGAGCAGGCUCAUUAUCGCUCUGUUGUGUCGGGAGGCCUCAAAGGAGCAACAUGGGGUCUGGCAGUAGGAGCCGGAGGUGUCUGGGCCGCGUCACGACGAUUCCCCAUGUUUCGUCAAGCCACUCUACCGCUGAAAGCAUUCCUCGCCAUGUCGAGCAGUACGUUCGCUGCCAUCAUUGAAGCCGAUCGGGCGUCCACUGCGUUCGAUAUUGCACACAACCCGGAUAGACGACGGUAUCAGGAAGAACUGCAAGAGCAAGAAGUCGAGUACGAACGUACACACACAUUACAACAAAAGAUCAAAGACUGGGGCCGCGAAAACAGAUACCAGAUUGUCUUCGGCUCAUGGGUCGCUUCAAUGGGGGUGGCAUUCGGUCUUGUCAGCAGAAAUCCGUAUCUUUCUGGUGCCCAGAAGCUUGUACAAGCGCGUGUGUAUGCCCAAGGUCUCACACUCGCCGUCCUCUUUGCCUCUUUUGCAGUCGAGGCCAAUGAUGCAAAUAAGGGCAAGGGUCGCUGGGAAACAGUCAAGAUCAUUGAUCCUGAAGAUCCCACUCACAAGAGAAUGAUCGAGAAGAAGGUACAUCACGAACGAUAUGAAGGCGAGGAUCAAUGGAUGGAAAUGGUCGAGGCUGAAGAAGCGAGGCUGAAAGAAAGAGAAGAGCAGAAGAAGGCCAAGCAAUCAGAGAAAGACACCAAAUCAAAAGACAGAAAGGGAAAGAAAGACGAAAAGUCAGAUGCGGAGAAGGAGACAGACAAUAGCAACGUGAAUGGCGACAAGAGUCAAAAAAGAGGCGAGACCGGCAAGUCAGAAUAA